AUGGCAACUUUUAAGACACCGAAGAAGACAGGAUCUGCGAUCUCUUCAAGCGUUUCGUCAACGCCGUUGGUUAGCGAAUCCGUGGAUCCGGCGGAAUCGCGUAAACGUCAAUCUAAACGUGAUGAGGCCAUCCGUCGUCGCUUGGAGAACGACUUCAGCAAGAAGAGAUUGACAAAGACAUCAAGCUCCAAGAAACGUUCCAAACAUGGCUCAGCACCGGGUUCCGUUCUGUCUCUGAGACCUUCUGACGCAGUUGUGUGUAAACCUACGUACACUGCAGCAGAAGCUGCACAGCUGAUGAGUGCCAAACGUGAGAAUUGUAUUCUUGUUGUCGACGAUGAAGAACAACUCUUGGGUAUCUUUACUGCAAAGGAUUUGGCAUUUAGGGUUGUCGGUAAAGGCGUCAAUGCCAGUGGUGUCACGAUCGAGCAAAUCAUGACGCCUAAUCCAAUGUGUGCUAAAGCGGAUACCCCGGCUUCGGAAGCUUUGAACUUGAUGGUACAGAGAGGAUUUAGACAUCUACCUGUUAUUGAUGACAAUAACUCCAUUGUUGGUGUUCUGGAUAUCACCAAAUGCUACCAAGAGGCAAUGGAGAAACUGGAGAGAAUGUACGAAAGUUCUAAAAAAUUACACGAUGCCUUGGAAGGUGUCCACAUGGAAAUUGGUGUAUCACAACAACCACUGCAUGUGAUGAAAUACUUUGAAAGCUUGAAAUCUGUAAUGUCAGGUCCAACUUUGGAAUCAGUGUUGGACUCAAACACUCUGCCAUGCUACGUUAACGUCAAGACGUCAGUUUUUGACGCUGCGGUUUUGAUGAAGGAAAACCACACCACUGCUGUCUUGGUGAAAGAUGCCAAUGAAGUCGUCACAGGUAUCUUCACUUCGAAAGAUGUCGUUCUCAGGGUUAUUGCUGCAGGUCUCAACCCAAAGAAUGUCAGUGUCAUAAGGGUUAUGACCGCACAGCCGGAUGUUGCACCAAAGGAGCUCAGUAUACAGGCCGCAUUGAGAAAGAUGUUUGACGGUCACUACUUGAACUUACCAGUGGUUGAUCACAACGAGAUCAUUGGUAUUGUGGAAGUGUUGAAGUUGACGUAUGCAACUCUCGAGCAGAUUUCAAUGAUGAAAUCUGCAGAUGACGAAGAAAGCUCAAACGCUGAAGGCCCAGCUUGGAAUAAAUUUUGGACUUCGCUGGACAACGAUACCGAGUCGGUUCACUCCAAUUCUCAACUUGAUAGUGGCUCCAACUUGGUUCCAGACAUCAGCCAGUCUGAAAUCAACCAAUUCUCCCUUGUACAUGACAAUUUGGCACCAGGGGACUCCAUCAGUGUGACAAAUGAAACACAAAGUGCUUCUAACGCUUUACAACAACAGGACUUCAAAGAGAUACCAUUCACAUUCAAAUUCACAUCACCAAGUGGUAGAGUCCAUCGAAUCAGCGUGAAGCCUAUCGACGGUACUGAGGUGUUUAGAGAUGCAAUCAUCGCCAAGUUGAAGAAACCUGAACUGCAAGAACUUAACCAUGAAUCCUUUGCAAUCAGUUACAUAGACGAUGAGGGCGACAUCGUUGCCAUCACUUCUGACCAAGACCUCAUUGACUGUGUGCUAAUCAACAAGGGCUUGAGAUUGGACAAAGCCGAUAUCUUCAUCCACCAUCCAGAUGACCACAUUGACUUGGAUGAAUACCAUCAGAAGAAACAGCUCAAGUCUGGCAAACCUGUGGUCAAUGGAAACAACGACGGCACAGCUGGUCAAAUCGUUCCAGGCUUGACCAAUGAGUUACUGAUUGGUGGAAUCGCUGUGUUUGCCGGGACUGCUGUUGCCUUGGCGUUCAUACUCGGCAAGAAGUCUUGA